CUGCACUUCCCUGUCUUCCAGGCCACUGUGCCACCACAUCAACAGACAUGCCACUACCCGGAGUAAACUGCUGAAGUGAACUCCUCUCCACUUCCCGUCUGUGUGAAACAUCAUGGGGGACUCGGACGCGGUCGGGCCACCGCUGUCUCGCCGGAGAAGGGCGACGUUGGCGGCGGGGAGAGGCGCGAGUCUGCAGCCGGUGAACGGGAGGUCCGCGGCGGCCCGUCAGAGCCCGGUGACCGUCGGAGCUGCUGGUGCUGGCGGUGCUAGCAUGGUGGACAGCCGCGGUUCAGAGGAGGCGCUGAAGAGCGAGAAGAGGAGCCGGAGGAACGACAUGGGUGAACGACUGAGUGGCUGUCACAAGACACAGGAGUCGCUGCUGAGUUCAGCCAGUGGUUACAACAACUACAGAGGAAUCCUCAAUUGGUGUGUGGUGAUGCUGGUGCUGAGUAAUGCUCGCCUCUUCUUAGAAAACCUUUUGAGAUACGGUGUACUGGUGGACCCUAUUGAGGUGAUUUCAUUGUUUCUGAAGGACCCCCACAGCUGGCCAGCGGCAUGCCUGGUAAUUGUGUCCAACGUGUUCAUUCUGGUGGCUCUGUACACCGAGCGGCAGCUAUCGAAGAGUUCAUUCAGUGAACCUGUGGGAUUUCUGGUCCACUGCAUUAACAUGGCAGUCAUUCUAACAUUCCCCGCUGCAGUGAUCCUGCUGGUCCCCUCCGUGACCCCAGUUGGCGGCGCGUUCGCACUGGGUGUUUACACCAUUCUCUUCCUGAAGCUCUACUCCUACAAGGACGUCAACAUGUGGUGCAGAGAGUUGAGUUCUGUCAAGGCCAAGAAGCUGUCCAGGUCGAUGUCUUGUCCAACACCGCAGCAUUUCAACAGAGGUGACCAACUGGUGUGUUAUCCUGGCAACCUCACCAUCAGAGACAUGUAUUAUUUCGUCUUUGCUCCGACUCUGUGCUACGAGCUCAACUUCCCUCGCUCUCCGACGAUUCGCAUUGGUUUCCUGCUGAGGAGAUUGUCUGAAAUGCUGUUCUUCACCCAGAUGUUAGUUGGUCUCACGCAGCAGUGGAUGAUUCCCGUCAUUACAAGCUCCAUGAAACCACUGGAGGACAUGGAUCUGUCCAGAAUGACUGAGAGACUCCUGCGAUUAGCUGUUCCUAAUCACCUGCUGUGGCUCAUGUUUUUCUACUGGUUCUUCCACUCGUCUAUGAACUUCAGUGCCGAGCUGCUGUGCUUUGGAGACAGAGAGUUUUACAGGGACUGGUGGAACUCUGAGACUGUGACAUAUUUCUGGCAAAACUGGAACAUCCCUGUACACAAGUGGUGUCUACGCCACUUUUACAAGCCGCUGCUGAGGAGAGGAUUUAGUAAAAUGAUCAGCCAAUCAGCUGUCUUCUUCUUGUCGGCUUUCUUCCACGAGUACCUGGUGAGUGUUCCUCUCAGGAUGUUCCGAAUCUGGGCCUUCAUGGGCAUGAUGGUGCAGCUUCCAUUCGCCUGGUUCGUCGGGCGCUUCCUGCGCGGUAACUACGGCAACGCUGCAGUGUGGAUGUCCAUCAUCCUCGGUCAGCCGUUCGCCGUCUUGAUGUACGUCCAUGACUAUUAUGUCAUGCAGCACAGUCAGGAGGCUAACUGAUGCACACACACACACACACAGAAACAAACCACAUGUAGUUUCUUUGUCUCACUCUUCUUCCGCCUGCAUCUCAUAAAUACGACUUGUCUGCGGUACAGAAAAUGAAUACUGUCGCCUGCAUGUCAGGAUGAGCUGAUCAUGAUGACAGCAUGUUUACAUUAGACCCCUUGGCUCUGGUUUCUCUCUGCUGGGAACAAUUGCUCAUGGGAAGUGGACUGUGUAGAGAAAUGUGUACCUGAAACACUAUUGUACAGCAACAACAUAAAACUGCAGCUUGUUACUCAGAUGACUUUUCUUCCAGAGCCUUGUUAAGUUGCCAGUUUGAGGCUGUAAUGUUAGUUUAUUGGAUAAUUUAUUGCAUUUGAUUCUGCAACAAUAGCGACGUGCAGGAUUAUUUAUUGACCGUUAAUGUGUCUUCCCUUUAGGGCUCUUUGGUGACUAUCACUGAAUUUGAUCAAAAAUAUAACACACAAUGUUUUGCAAGUGCCUUGUUGGAAGUUAUUUCCUAGAUUUAUGAAACCACUGUGAUUUUAUUUCUUUGACAGCCAAAUUGUCCUAAUCUCUCUAUUCUGCUAGAAGAACAUUACAAAGAAUAAUGAAUGUAUGUUGAAUUUAUUGGAUUAUUUUAAUAAUCUGUUUUACUCUGUCAAUUAUGAAAACAGCCAGCAUUACUGUACUUCUGUUUUGUUUUGUUUGUUUUAUACCUGAUGUGCCAUGACAAUAAUACAACACAUAUGCAAUCACUUUUUUUUAAAGUCUAAAAAACAAAUCAUAUGCUUAAUAAAUGAGCUUGUGUUUCAUUUCAA